AUGCCUGCCUUCUGCCUCUCUACUCCCGACUCAUUGUCCUUGCUGGACCCUUGUGCUAUCAAGGUUUUCUGGUCAAUUUUUAAUAGGGAAGGAAUCCCAAUUCAGGGGGUUUUACGCCCCAAGUGGUAUAAUCUCAGUGACCAACCGCCACACGGCGAUUUACAGCGCAUUAUAAUUGAGAUUGUCUAUCGUGCGAAUCUAGCAGUUAAUGGAACCUACCUUAUACUGCUUCCCCCACAAGAACCCAAAAACCAGUGUCUUGAUACAAGAUACUACCUGUGCGUAUCUGUGACGGCAAAAAGAUUCAAGCUCAAUCUUACGCAUGCAAGUUAUAAAACAAAGUUUCUAUCCGAGGUGUGGUCAAAUGGAGUAAAGUUUUUUCUCAGAUGGAUAGCAGAUCACCCCGAGGAUGAAAGGGACGGCCCACCCGAUGAAACUUAUGACGAGCAAGAGUUUAACCGCGAGAAGGGCUUCGAUGAGCAGUUUUGCAGGGUGGCGUACAGGUCGCGUGAAUACCAAGAUGCUAAGAUUGUAGAUUGUGUGGUAGCUUCGGUUUCUCAGGACUUGGUAAAGCAAGUUGUAGCCGCAUGUAACUAG